CCUGAUUCUAUAUUCCCCAUUCCAAAGCUAUAUAUCACUACCCAAACACCCCAUCAUCCCAGCCCACCAACACAAAUACUCUCAAACACCAGACACCAGACACCAGACACCAAACAAGCCUCAAUCCCACCACAUAAGCAACCUCCCACACCCAAAACCAAAACCAAGAUGUCCACCCUCCAACCCCUAAAGCUCUACGGCGACCGCCCAGGCCCCAACCCCGUAAAAGUGCUCAUCCUCCUCAAUGAGCUCUCACUCCCCUACACAAUCGAAACCGUCCCCUUCAGCGAAGUCAAAUCCCCGCCCUACCUAUCCGUCAACCCCAACGGCCGCCUCCCAACCCUCCACGACCCGAACACAGGCCUCACGAUCUGGGAAUCUGGCGCCAUAAUCGAGUACCUCGUUGACCGGUACGACACCGCCCGCCGUCUCAGCUUCGAGCCGGGGACGCACGACUUCUACCUCGCGAAGCAGUGGCUGCAUUUCCAGAUGUCCGGACAGGGCCCGUACUACGGGCAGAUGGUGUGGUUUAAGAAGUUCCAUGCGGAGCAGCUUCCCAGUGCCGUGGAGCGGUAUGUCAAGGAGGUGAAUCGCGUUACGGGGGUUCUGGAGGGGUGGUUGGAGAAGCAGGCUGAGGGUGAGAGCGGAGGGGAUGGGCCGUGGCUUGUUGGGGGGAAGUUGUCGUAUGUGGAUUUGGCGUUUGUGCCGUGGCAGAGGAUCCCUGGUGCGGUUGUUGGUGUGGAGGAUUUUGAUCUGGAGAAGUUUCCGUUUGUGAAGGGGUGGUUGGGCAGGAUGUUGGAGAGGGAGGCGGUUAGGGUUGCGGUGGAGGACGAGAACAAGUGAGUUGACUUGCUGGGGUGUGGAUACAGG